AUGGCUCCCAAGAAGAAGCGCAAGAGUGCGCCGCCGGAGACGGUGAGCACCACCGUCCACGACCUCCCCGACAAUCUCCUCCAGCACGUGCUCUCCUUCCUCCCAGCGCAGGAGUCCGUUCGGACUUGCGUGCUCGCCCGGCGCUGGCGCCACCUUUGGAAGUCCACCACAGGCCUGCGUAUCCUAGACCUUGUCCUUGACGAUGAUGAGGAUAUCUCAUUCCAAGACCUCCGGAAGUUCGUCGAACAUCUGCUGAUGCUGCGCGAGCGCACCGACCUAGAAAGUGUUGAGAUGAAAUUCCACUGUUACUACGAAGGCGAAUCCUAUGUGAGCCUAUGGACCCGUUUCGCUCUGAUUUGCAAAGUUCGGGUGCUCACCCUUCAUAUCCUUGGGGAAGAAUACUUCACCCUAGACGGCCUGCCUCUUGUGUCUCGGCACCUGAAAACAUUGCACCUUCAUGGUCUAAUCCUACAAAAGAGCUUUCUUGAUUUUGCUAGCUGUCCAGCAUUGGAGAAUCUGAAGAUGGGUGUUUGCAAAAUCAAUGGUUGUAAGAUAUCAUCUCUUUCCCUAAAGCAUUUGAGCAUCACUAGUUGCGGCUGUGAUCUGGAUUGCCGGCUUAACGUUUCUACUCCAGGCCUUGUCUCUUUGAAACUAGAUCGCUUUUCGGGUAAAACCCCUUUUCUUGAAAACAUGCCGUUGCUACAGACUGCAUGUGUGAAUCUUGGCAUGGGCUGCGAAGGUGUCUGUUUGAGUAUCUUCUGUUGA